CACGUUACUUCAUUCAUCUUUGGCUCUUAGCUUUGUUUUGUCCACAUUUAAACAGCAAUCAAGACAACAACAAUUUUCUGGUACUCCAAAGCCAGCGCAGGGUGUAGCAUAUACCAUUCCUUGAGCUCCUUCAAAUGGCAGAGACACCAAAGAAGAAGAAGAAGGGGCACGUGGUUAUGGUACCCUUCAUGGCCCAAGGCCACAUCAUCCCAUUCCUGGCACUAGCAAGGGAAAUCCAACAAAGCACAAGCUUCACCAUCACCAUAGCCAACACACCCUUCAACAUUCAAUACCUCCGAUCUGCACUUUCUUCUUCAACUUCUCCCAAUCAUCAAAUCCGUCUUGCUGAGUUACCCUUCAACUCCACUCUACACGAUUUGCCACCCAACAUAGACAACACAGAGAAGCUUCCUCUCACUCAACUAAUGAAACUCUGUCAUGCAUCACUCACCCUUGAGCCUCCCCUUCGCUCCUUGAUAUCACAGAUCACAGAAGAAGAGGGUCACCCUCCACUUUGCACAAUAUCUGACGUGUUUCUUGGCUGGGUUAACAACGUUGCAAAGAGUUUAUGUAUUAGGAACCUAAGCUUCACCACUUGCGGUGCUUAUGGAACCUUGGCCUAUGUUUCUAUCUGGUUCAAUCUCCCUCACAGGAAAACUGACUCUGAUGAGUUUUGCGUUCCGGGGUUCCCUCAAAACUACAAAUUCCACCGUACUCAAUUGCAUAAGUUUCUUCUAGCAGCUGAUGGCACUGAUGACUGGUCAAGAUUCAUUGUUCCACAGAUUGCACUUUCUAUGAAGUCUGAUGGGUGGAUCUGCAACACGGUUCAGGAGAUUGAGCCUUUGGGGUUGCAACUUCUCAGGAACUAUCUUCAACUUCCCGUUUGGCCUGUGGGGCCUCUCCUUCCACCUGCUUCACUCAUGGAUUCAAAACAUCGUGCAGGAAAAGAAUCUGGCAUAGCCCUUGAUGCAUGCAUGCAGUGGCUGGAUUCGAAGGAUGAGAGUUCUGUUCUCUACAUUUCAUUUGGGUCACAGAACACUAUAACUGCAUCUCAAAUGAUGGCUUUGGCUGAAGGAUUGGAAGAGAGUGGUAGAUCGUUUAUUUGGAUCAUAAGGCCACCUUUUGGUUUUGACAUCAAUGGAGAGUUCAUUGCAGAAUGGUUGCCAAAAGGGUUUGAAGAGAGAAUGAGAGACACCAAACGUGGCCUUUUGGUGCACAAAUGGGGACCCCAGUUGGAGAUUCUGUCACACAGUUCCACAGGAGCGUUUCUAAGCCAUUGUGGAUGGAACUCUGUGUUGGAGAGCCUCAGCUAUGGGGUUCCUAUGAUUGGGUGGCCACUAGCUGCAGAACAAACAUUCAAUCUAAAGAUGUUGGUGGAGAAAAUGGGUGUGGCUGUUGAGCUCACUCAAACUGUGAAAACUGUGAUCUCUGGGAAGCAGGUUAAGAAGGUUAUAGAGAUAGUUAUGGAGCAAGAAGGAAAGGGAAAGGCGAUGAAGGAGAAGGCGACUGAGAUUGCAGCUCACAUGAGAGAGGCCAUAACAGAGGAAGGUAAAGAAAAAGGGUCUUCUGUGAGAGCAAUGGAUGAUCUUGUUAGAACCAUUUUAUCACCCUAGGCUUUGUGAUUUGUUGCAUUUAGAAUUUGAAUGAUAAUAAAGUUGCUUGUAAAGCAUACUUGUUAUGUACUGCUCAGCAAUCUUUAGCAAUAGACUAUGGUAAUAUUGUCACUAUGAAGAUAAUAAUUUAACUCAUUUUAAUUGAUGA